AUGGCGCAGGGGAUCCCGCCGUGUACAGAGGGCUGGGCAGGACUCCUGGGGUCCCUUCCAGUCCCGCCCUUCUGGACAGCCGACGGAAAGGAGACGGGCCCCCUCCGCAGCAGCAGCCGCAGCAGCGGCGGUGUAACUUGGCGAUGCCUGGAGCUCUUCCUGUUCCUGCUCCUCGGCUUGGCCAUCCCGGCCUCCGAGGGCUGCCCUGUGGACUGUGUCUGCUACCCGUCCCCCAUGACGGUCAGCUGCCAGUCCCACAACUUCCUCACCAUCCCGGAGGGGAUUCCGGAGGACAGCGAGCGCAUCUUCCUGCAGAACAACCAGAUCUCGCUGCUGCUGAGGGGCCAUUUCAGCCCCUCCAUCGUCACCCUCUGGGUCUAUUCCAACAACAUCACCUUCAUUGAUCCUGAGACGUUCAAAGACUUCACCCGCCUGGAGGAGCUGGACCUGGGGGACAACCGCCACCUGCGGGAGCUGGCAGCUGAGACCUUCCACGGGCUCGUCCACCUCCACGCCCUGCACCUCUACAAGUGUGGCCUCAGUUCCCUGCCCAGUGGGCUCUUCCGAGGCCUGCACAACCUGCAGUACCUCUACCUGCAGGACAACCACAUCGGCUACCUCCAGGAGGACCUCUUCCUUGACCUCGUCAACCUGAGCCACCUUUUCCUCCAUGGUAACAAGCUCCGGGGCCUCCAGCAGAACGCCUUCCGGGGCCUCGUCAACCUGGACCGCCUGCUCCUCCACCAGAACCAGCUGCAGAGUGUCCACCGGGGAGCUUUCCGGGACCUCCGCCGGCUGACCCUGCUCUUCCUGUUCAACAACACCCUCUCCGAGCUGCAGGGGGAGGCCCUGGCGCCCCUGGCGGCCCUGGAGUACCUGCGGCUGAACGGGAACCCCUGGAGCGGUGCCUGCCUCGCCCGGUCCCUCUGGGAGUGGCUGCGCCGCUUCCGGGGCUCCUGCUCCACGGUCCCCUGCGAGGUCCCCGAGCGCCUCCGCGGCAGGGACCUGAAGGAGCUCCAGGCCGACGGCUUCCGGGGCUGCUCCAGCUCGGAGUCCCUGCACCAGCUCCACGGCCCCUGGCCCCCCUCAGCCGACAGGGCCCCCCCUAGGGACCACCCUCCGCUCCUCUCUCCUGCGGAGGAGGAGAAGGGGUUUGGCCUUGUGGAGCAGCCAGGCCUUCUCCGGCCCCCGUCCAUGGCUAGCCAGGAGCGGGCUUGCUCGGCUGGGACUGCCUUGCGCCCCCGGCCAGGAGUGGCCAGGGCUUCGGACUGGUGGAAGCGACCCUCCGCGUUCCACAUUGCUCAGGAUGCAUCUUCCACCCCUUUUCAGGAAGGACCGAGCCCCUGGCUGGACCCCGUGGGCCCACAGAAAGCCAGGCAGGCUGGCCUGGCAGAGGUGGAAACUUGA